CAAUGGAGCAAGACAAACCAGCUAAACCAGAACGUGGGGUGAGCAAACGCGUGGAGCAAGUCCUCGUGUUUUGUAUGCUGGUGGUGCUAGUAGCAACUAUCGGGGUGGUAGUCUGGCAGACCAGCAAACUAAACAUCGGCGGGGAUAACAAUAGCAAACAACCAUCGGAACACAAGAUACACUGGCCAUUAACGGCUGGGAAUCUUGAGAUAGAUAAUGACUAUACCCUGAGAUUACUUAAUUCCCAAUCCAAAGCUUUAAAAUUUUCGGCAGCUUUGGCUGAUCUGGCAGCUUCGAAUGUUCGGCCCACGCCUUGCAAUGGUACAGAAUGGAACUAUAAUAUAUGCGUAGAAUGGAGUGGAAAAGAACGUUUGACUGUGAAUACGUCGGCUUACUUUGUCCCGAGAGAUGGGUCUGCACUAACGUGCUACGAGGUCACCGCUAAGGCUCUGGGAUGCAGUAACCAAGUUAUUCAACAUUGCUUCAACACUUCUAUCGCCCACUGGUAUGGGGGCUAUGCCGACAAGUUUCAAUACUGGCCCUUCGAAAAUAACACCAGACGCUUGUCGGUGUAUGUCGUUAAUGAUUCGUACGUCGGUGAUAUAGGCGGUGUCAUUGAGCGCUACUUUGUGGCUUCCACUGGUGCCGGGGUUCUCUUGGACCACGAUGUACCUCUGUACUACAGUCUCAACCAUCCUAAACAAGGUCUAAUGUGCUUUGUUGCUAAGUUCGACAAAUAUCCAUAUUUCAAUAUUGAUUCGGAAUUACCGGUAUUAAAAUACAAGAUAUGCGAAAGUGACAAUUUAAAAGACGUGCAUAUGAAGAUGGCCAACGCUUUAAUUGACAAACCACAGGGAAUACCAGAUAAAAGCUUGUUUAAGUAUCCGAUCUGGUCAACAUGGGCGCAAUACAAGAAAAACAUCAAUCAGUCAACUGUAAUGGAGUUUGCAAAUGCAAUUCUUCAACAUAUCUUCUCUCAUGCUCAGAUUGAAAUAGACGAUGACUGGACCCCAAGGUACGACCUCGUGGAUGCCGCACAUUUACAGCAUGGCCAACAUGACAAAGAACCAUGCAGACGCAUACCCCACCAAAUGGGUCCAGCUUGCAGCGGAGCCAACCCGACCUUUCACCAAGAGGUUCGAGUCGGUUACAGAACUCAGCGUUACCCUAUCUGCGUUCGACUUAUGGACAAAGAUUCAAACUGGAGUCACAACAACGCGCUGAAGUUCGUUAUACCGUGUGUUCCCACUUACGGGUUGCUGGGAUACCCGUUUGUGUUGCCGGACAUGAUUGGCGGGAACGCCUACAACGACCAUCCCGAUCCGGAACUAUUUGUUCGGUGGACACAACUGAACACAUUUUUACCGGGUAUGCAGUAUUCGAUAGUCCCUUGGAUAUACAACGAAACUAUCAUAGAUAUUGUUCGUAAAUUCGCGGAAUUGAGAGAGAAAAUCAGCCCAACGCUUAUCGCAAAGGCUGAAGACGCAGUCCGUACUGGUGAUCCGAUUAUUUUACCACUAUGGUGGAUAGAUUCAAUUUUUUUUUAACAAUUCUUUUGUCCC